GACGCGGCGCGGAGUCAGCCAGCGACAGUCUUCAUCCGAUCAGGGGACACUGCGGUAGCGACCAGGCCUGACCGGGGGACCUCUCCCUCAGACACACCGAGUGCUUAUCGGGACCAGAACCUCGACGACCGAACAACUCGCCGCGGCCGUCAGCCACUCAGCCGGCGGCUCGGACGGGCGCCAUGUCGGCCGAGGUGUCGGACGUGGGUCAAAUACAAGACGAGGAGCUGCUGAGGCGCAUGUGGCAGCAGACGGAGGACUUCGGCCGCAAGAAGGAGAUCCGGGCCAGGAUGUACAAGCUGCGGGAGCAGCGCCUCAAGGAGUUCUACACAACGGGCGAGGUCCUGCACGACGUGCUGAGCAGCACCUCCUCGCUGGAGGACGCCGGCACGGGCCGCACCAAGCACGGCUCCACGGGCGGCUCCAGGUACCACAGUUCGAGUGAUAUAAGCCAGCAGCAGGAGCAAAGCAGGCAGCAUCACGUGACUUCUAAAACUGCAUCAUACACCACGUCGUCCAUCCGUCAUGCCGACUCACUCACUGACGACAGUUUCAUCACACUGAAAAGCAAGGAGAUUCGAGACUCGGAAUCUCCGACGAGAGAUUUUCACAAGAGGACGGGCGGAGGAGGCGACGAAGGUGGCACUUACUGGAAGGUGGUACAAGAGUCAUCUUCAGGCUCGUAUGAAAGCAGUGGAAUCUCCCGCGAUGGCCAAGAGCCUGUAGUCACGUCCAGCUACAGAACCGAGCAGCACAGGACUGCCGGCGACAGCAACACUGGUCUGUCGACGACUUCUGAAGUCACUUCAUCCCAAGACACAUCAAAACUUCCUCUUGAAAACAUUGGCUCUACUUCGAUUUCUAUCAAGAAUGACAUAGACGAUGGAUUCUCUACUUCAGCAAUGCAAACAGGAAAGUGGGUAUCGUCAUCUUCGUCUUCAUCACAGACCUCCCAAAAACAAAAAUUGUCAUCUUCUUCAGCAUCUUCUCAAAGGAUAUCUUCUUCGACACGCGAAAUUCAAAAUGUGUCUUCUGCACACGAUGCUCAAGAUACAUCUACUACACACUACACACAACCCUUGACCACCAGAUACGUUACCGAUGAAUCUAGCACUGAGCAGUUCACGACGAAAGGUGGCUCUAAAGUACAUGUUGUCGACAGCAGGCAAGACCGUGACGAUGUACGUUCUAAGAUUUUACAUUCCACUGAGAAAAUCGGGGGUCAAGAUAAAGAUGUAUUAGUUACCACAACAUACGAAACAUCGCCAUACAUCGACAGUAAUACGACUAUUGAUGUAACAAUAUGUCGUAAAGGCGAAGAAAAAACGAAAAAAGUAGUUGAACAAAACAUAAUGACUGAACUGAACAAAUUAGAUUCAUUUCUAUCAACACAGAACACAACCCCAAUAGAUUCAACUCCAGUUAGUCCUAGAGAUGCUAAAGACAUGGUAAGCUGGACAGUUGUGUCUUCUGGAACAACAGAUAAUUAUCGCAAAGGUAAUUUAAACAACGAUGUUACCCAAGAGUUCGUAUUUCAUUCAGGACAUGGUAACGAAUCAGUUGCACAACAGAGCAACAAGUUCAUAGUGCAAGAAAAGGUUUCUACAGCAUUGUCUUCGAAAGAUAUUACUACAGAUGCAAGUGAUUGUAGAACUGUAGAUAGAAAAUUGCUACAGCCAGUUGAUGACGUUUCAGUAAAGCCAGCUGGAAAUGUUACAUCUCCUACUGAAGGAACAAAGAAAGGUAUAAUGAAACAACCUACCAGCCCAGACACAAUACAAUCGAAAACUACUGAUGGACAGUAUACUACAACAUACCAACAUGAUUACACAAAUAAACGCAUAAGUGUCGAUGUUAGCCCUACUCAUGAUGCUUUCGCGAAGUCUCUCAGAGCAUCACCAGAAAGGGGAACUCCUUCUUCUACUCGUUCAUCAUCUAAAACUUCACUCGAUCGUGCGAGUCCUGAUAAAUUUUUCAAAUCACCACAAAGAAAUAGGACUAGUGUCGACAAUAGUCUUGCUUCUCCAACCAGAUCAACCCCAGACAAAAUUAUCACCAGACCAUCUCCAACAAGAACUAGCCCUGAAAAGAAUCACAGGUCUUCGCCUAGGUCUAGUCCUGAAAAGGUGAUACCACGAAGGAAAACCUCCGAAAAAACACCUAUAAAAUCAAGUCCAGAAAGAGACAUAUUUUCCAGGGUGAGUCCUGAUAAAUCUGUCGGGAAAAUAUCUCCUUCUAGAAUUAGUCCAGAAAAGAAAGUACCCCAUAAUAUAACUUCAGAUGAGAAAUUACCGGGUACAUAUGAAAGAACAUCACCUGUAAGGCAAUCUCCAGAUAAGUCAAAACCAGGUACUGUUUUUACACCAACAAGUGGAAAAUCGCCUCAUCAUUCUGAUAGAAGAAUGAGCUCUGGAGAUGGACCUAAAGAUGUUACUUCGCAGCCAACAAACAGAAAGCUGUCUGAAUCAUCUCGGCCUUCGGUCACGACACAAAAAGAUACUAGUGGGAAACCCGGUCCUGUAAUUGAACGUCGGAAAUCUUCAGGUGCUAUGCGUACCCCAAUUAAGAAAAGAUCUUCAACACCAGGAGUAUCACCACACAGUAGCCCUUCCAGGGAUGAAGACAAACCUCAAAAAGGCAGGCAGAGCAGACCUAGGAGCAAGGGUAGUUCAAGAUCUUCUACAGAUGACGAAAGUGAACCUGGAAAUCACGAAAUUGAUCUGGAUGUAACAAAACCAAGUAAAAUGACUGACAUGCAGGUAACCAGCAUAGAAACUAGCGAUGUAAAUACAGGAAUUGUUUACAAUGUAGUAAAUGAAAGUUCUCAAACAGGUAUAACAACUAAACAAAGGCCGUCUGUGGACAGCAAAAUACCAGUCACAGAUAAAGUAUCUACUCUAGAUAUUGUGAAUAAGAAUUUUCAAAAUGAAAGAAGACAAUCUCUUACAGCAAAUGACACUGCUGAUGAAAUAUAUACUUCAUCAAAACCAAGUGCACUUGAUAAUAAACAAAUCCAGCCGAAAGAUAAGUCACCAUCUCCAUCAGAAAAAGGAAAUUUUAAUCGCAAGCCUAGUAUCAAAAAAAUUGUCUCACCCACAAAUUUAUCAAGUAGUGACAAACAAGAAAUUAUAACAGAUUCGCCAAAGUCGAUUCUAGACAAAUUGCCAAGAGAUAAAUCCCCUGAAUACAGUUCUGAGGGAUCUCUAGCAAAUGAAUUUCCACAGAAAGUUGAGGAUGAAAAAAGUGCAUUUUCUCCCGUGAUGCGAAAAAAUUAUCAGCCCAGGAAAACUCCAGAUUCAAGUCCUGAAAGAGCUGGUUUCACACCCAUAAAAGAAUUCCGUACCGCUCCUGAAGUACGACCAACAACAUUAGAGCUUGCCCCAGAAAAGAGUAUAAUGAAAAAAGGAAUUCCAAUCAAAUCCCCAACCAAACAAGACAAGGAACCCAUAAAACCUAUUAGGAUAUCUCCUGAAAAAGUAAAAACAACACCUGAAGAUUCAAGCAGAUGCUUUGAUAAAGAACCGACCAAACCUGAAAAACCAAUUAAAACACGGCCAGACACCACACAAUCAUUGCCAGUAGCACAUAUAGACACUCAGCCUGAAAGAUUUUUCAGUGAUAAUAUACCACAAAGUUCAAAAAAAUUAAAACACCCAAAAGAUGCAAUGACACAAGAUGUAAUAGAUUUCUUGACUCAAGAAAAGUUACAAGAUACAGUAAUUGCAUCUGAUAUUGAGCACCCCUCUAACAAGGAUGUAAAGGCUCCAUUGAUUGAACCAAAGUCUCCUAGUAUAUCUCCAUGUUCUAGUCCCGAAAGAUAUGAUCAAAUAUUAACCACUACAAAAAUGGAAAUAAUACUGGAACCUGACCGAAGAAAACCAUCUGAGUCUUCAACGUAUCACAGAGAUGGAAAAACUGAGAGAAACGAAAGCAACAUUAAGGAUUUGCUUCAGUCGAAGGAUAAGCCAAAAAAAACUAUUUCACCUGUAGAUAAUUAUUCAGAAUGUGAAGCAAAAGAUAAACAAGAUGAACAUGUAACACCAAUGUCUGGUCCUAAUGUGCCAUCCACUAACAGGUAUCCAGGUAAGCCCCUUGAAAAAUCAAAUGAUGCGAAACAAGAACCAAAAAAUGUUCCAAUCGCAGACAGACCAAGAGAUGACAAAGCUAAGAAAACUACUUCACAAUAUAUUGAAAAAAGAGAUAAAACAAUUAUUCGCAAGCCUAGCGACAAACCAAUACCUACUUCAAACAACAUCGCAUCAAAAUCUAUUCCAGCCAAUAAAGAAAAGAGUAUGCCAAAUGUUACCAAGAUUCCUUCCAAGAAGGAUAGGCCAAAGGGAAUUACAGCACCUUCAGAAAAAAGACCAAACCCUAUUACAGAUGAUCCCAGCCAAAUGAAACCUUCGAAGAGGCCAAUAACAUCACCUGAUCGUUCACCUUCUCGUAGUCCUGAUCGUAGUAAUAGGUCUCCAUCAGAUAGUGUAAAGCAAUUCACUUCAAACAAAAAGCUUCCAGGAUCAGUUAAUGUUAAUCAUACCAUAAAUGACAGACCCAAAACAUAUGGGAUCCCCAAAAAAUCAUCUCCUCUUCCUAGUCCUAGCAGACAAGGAAGAAAACCAACCAAAUCACCAGUUUCAAACAGGUACCCUUCUGAUAUAGUAAGAAAGCCUGGAAAUAUGGCAUCGAAGCAUAGUCCAUCAUUACAAAAUGAGUAUGCAGAUGAUAUUGCACACACAACAAAAAAAGGUUUUCAUCACCAGUCACCAACUUCAAGUCCAGAACGCACUGAUUAUCAGCACAUUCCUCAGAAAACAUCAAAACUUUCACAAUACAGUAAAAAUAAAGAUGUGAAGCAUCAAAAGACAAGAAAAUCGCACACCAACAGCGAAGAACACUCUACUGAUCGAUCAUCUACUGUAUCAAGCCCCGAAACAGUGAAAACUGCUGAUGAACUUAUCGAAGAAACAAACAGAAAUGUUACAGCAGUAAAUAAUUUAAUUGAUUAUAGAUCUAAAUCUGAUUCAGAGGAUGACACGAAAUUUACAACUACUAAUGCAACAAAGACACUUGACAAAAAGUACAAUGCAACUGCAACACUGACUCUAUCAAAUAAAACCAAUGUUCAGAGACAAGAAACUUAUACUGUGAAGCCCAGUAAUGGAUAUUUAAGUGACGAAUAUGAUGUGGAAGAUCUACAAGAUGAAUCACCUCCUGAUGAAUUUUUAGUCGAGGACAAUUCUCCAGUUCAUUCACCUACUAGGAUUCCAUCAAAAAUGCCUGCAAAACCAUUAGAUAAACACAAGCCACUUCCUGCCACAAAACAUGUAGCACCAAGAAAAAUUAAGCCUCUUGAAAAUACUUUGAAAAAACCCCAACCUGCAAGAAAAACAGUUGUAACAACCAAAACUAUUCCUAUAAGUGAGGUAAAAAGACCAACAACAAUUACAAUAACUGCAAAGAUGCCCAGAGACAUUCCUAAAACACAGCCAUUGAAAUCUCAUACAAAAACGAUUUCUCAAGUUAGCUCUCCUGCAACAAUAAAGCCUCACAUUUCAACAGGACGAGUUCAAACAAUUGCGACUUUAGAGACUAGAACAUCGCGAAUUAACACCGACAAGAUAUCUCCGUCCCGCCCAACAUCUUCACCUGUAAGUCAUAAUAAAAGGUAUGUCCAAAAGCCAGAGAAACCUACAGAACACAUUAAACAUAAAACAAAGAAGGAUGCAGAGAUUGUACCCACUGGUCGCCAACAUAAAGUGACAUUAACAGCAACAAUUAAAAAACCUGACGGUUUGAAAAUGACUACAAAUCAUCAAACAAUACGAAAGUCUGAUAACACUGUCAGGGACAAUCGUAAAAAUAUUACAACUAUUAAAACCCAAAAAACUACACAAAGAAAACUAGCUGACUCAAGAACCACGAAAACAAAGGUUUCUAAAAGAUCGGAUGUCUCGCUCACAACAUCAGAUGAUGAGCAAGAGGUUCCUGAACUGUUAUCUGAUGGAGAAGAUAUAGAUGAUACUUACAUUAAAGAACUUGAUGAUCUGAGACGUGACGAAGAGCGCCAUUAUGCAUCUAAAGUUGUGUCAGACAAAAAUAGAGAGAAUAUUAGGUUUGUUAAUAAACAUCAUGUAGACAAUGCUCUGAAAGACAGUCUCACCAUAAAUGUACAACAACCAAAGUCAUCACGUGAAUCAUCACCUGAAUACCAGCGCCGAGGUUUCAUCACUACAGAUGAUGAAGGUGGUGCAAGUCCAAGAUAUGCUGACAAAGUGAGUGAGCCAGAAGAAGAUGAUGAUUUGACAAAAAGAAAACCACCAGCCAUUUUUAAGAAGCCAGUGCUUCAUCCUGUCCCACUGGAUGAAGAAAAUACAGAUGAAGAAGAUCAGCAAUGUGAACCUGUAAAAGGUCUUCCAAAACAUAAAAGAAAAGACCAACCUUUAACUAAUGAACAAGUAUCACAAAGGUACAAUAGUAAUGCUAAGCCAAGGCAGCCAGACGAACAUCUAUAUGCCCCUACAGAAAAAAGUAUCAAGAAUCCUGAUCAUCCCAAAUCACCUACAGAAAAACACACAGCAUUCUUAGAAGAACAGUUUUUACAGAAUACUGGUAGUAUUGCACAAAAAAUAACAGACCUUGAUGAUGAAACUGAAAUAGAUGAAGCUUUUAAGUCGGUCAAUGUUGCUGAUAGAGUAUCUUUAUUCCUUGAGGAGGCAAGGAAAACUACAACACCUCAGCAAGCUAGUCGUCCUAAUGAAGAGACUACACCAUCUAUACAACCUACAGAUAGUCCAAGUUCUGUACGCAGAGCAAAAGCAAUUUUCGAAAAUAUUGCUCAGACAGAAAAAUCACCACUAACUCCUAAACAGAAGGUGCCAGAUAUUCUUGACAGACCAUCCGUUUUUGAAGCUAGGCGAGGAAGUCCAAGAGUAGAACCAAUGGAAAAUAGGCCAGAGAACUUUAUUCAGAAUGAACGUGAAUUUCAUGAAAAAUAUAAAGAACCAAAAAAUGAAACUACACCAAAACAUUCCCCAGUGCAAAAUUCACCCACAGGUUUCUGCAGAGGCCCCACACAAUCUGAAAACAGACCAUACACAGAUUCUGGUCAUAUUCCUAGUGAUGAAGAUACGGUGCCAGAAUCCAAACCAUUAUAUGAUAUGCCAGAGCAUUCAGUUCAUCCUACAUCAAAGUCUCCCACCAAUAAAAACAUAUCUCCAUGGAAACAAAAGCAUCCAACUCACAAUGAACCUGAAAAUUUAUCAUAUACCAAAGAUAAUAAAAAAAAUUUUACUGAGAGUUCCACUCUUAUGAAAGACAAUGAACAGAAAAGAGUAACAACUAGCUCCAGAAAGUAUCCUGAAGAGCAACCUCUGAAACCUGAGCACAAGUUAUACCCAGAAGACAGAUCAUCAAAACUUAAAACUGGCCCUGAUGAUAUUACAAGAGAGGAAACUCGUCCUAAAAAAUCUAGUCUGGCACAGCAUCCUAGAGGAAGAAAACCUGAAGACACUUCUCCCGAAAGACUUGAAGAUUUGUCUUACCCUCGGGAUGUACCAAAGCAAAAGACCCAAUCUGAUAUUCACCCGAAAAGUAAAACUUCAACAUCAGAAACUCCUGCUAAUUUAUCUUACCCUAAGGAAAGGCAGUCACCGGAAGUUUCAGAAGAUAUAAGGAAACCCUCUCCUGGCAAAAAUAAGACAUCAUUGCCUCAUCACCCCUCAUAUUCCCAUGAACCCGAAAGCAAAACACCUACACAUUCUUCAUCUCGAGAUAGCUCUCCAGAAAAUAAAUAUAUUCCAGAGCAUCGAAGUGACAAAUUUAGUCCAAACAAAUUCUCGACAGACACAUUUACAAAGCGAAGGCCUACUUCUCCAGAAAAUAAUUUGACUAGUAUAGUCCCACAACAGAAAACUAAAGAACCAGUGAAAGUAUCGACAGACUCUUCCCCGAUACGUAAGCCAUCUGCAGAGGAGUCACCAGAUAAGUAUGGCACAUACACAAAAGCAAAACCUUCAUCUAAACCACAAGAACCAGGGAAAUAUGAUACUUUUGUGAAGUCGAAGCCUGCAAGUAAACAGGAUAAACCAUCAGAUGUACAUUAUACAAAACCUUCCAAAAUUGCAGAAAUCGCAAAGAAAUUUAGUCAGGAUAUUCACCCUUCUAAAAAAACUGAUUCACCCUUCAAAAGUUCUUCGCCUGAAAAAGGCAAACCUAGAGAUACAUCAUUAAAUGAUAUAAGUUAUGUUUCGGAUACAAAUAAAUAUACACGAGAACAUAAGGUUAGUAAAGGAUACCUCAGAGAAACCAUAUCAUCACGGAGGCAUACUGAAGACGAGCCUGUUGAAACUUUAUCGAGGCCUGACAAACCAGAUGAUAUUCCAAGUGAUGAAGAAUACCCUUCAGAUACUGCAUCCAGUACAAAAGAAAGCAGUAAGCCAAAGAAGGGAUAUCUUCGUGAAACUGUUUCGUCACGCAAACACACUGAUAUUGAAUUUUCAGCUCGAAAAGAUUCAUUACCAAGAAAAAAUAAAACAAAAGAAGUUCCUACUGAUGAAGAAGGUUAUCCGUCGGACUCAGCAUCUAUCACAAAAGGAUACCUUCGUGAAACUAUUUCUUCUCGAAGACACACUGAGAGUAAUGAUGCCUUGUUUAAAUGUGAUAAACAAAGCGAACUGCCUAGUGAUGAUGAAGAAUAUCAUUCAGAAACAGCAUCAUUUACAAAGGGAUACCUUCGAGAAACUGUUUCUUCACAGGGACACACUCAGGAGAGCUUCAUUGACAGGCAAGGAUCUUUACCAAGAAAACCACAAGAAUCGGAUAAAAGACCUGCUGAAGCACCUACAGAUGAAGAUGAUUACCCAUAUCAUAAACGUUCUCCAAGUAGGGAAUCUCAAACUUCAAAAGGAUACAUGCGUGAGACAAUAUCUUUUAUAAAACAUCAUGAAGAUGACUAUCCCGAAGGAACAAAAGACUUCCCCGAGGACAAAUAUUUCCAUCCUGGCAGGACUACAAAGGAUACAGAUGAAGUAGAAUUUCCAUGUGGCAAAGACUCUCCAAGUAUGGAAUCACAAACCACAAAGGGAUACAUGCGUGACACCAUUUCUUCUAGAAAACAUCAUGAGGAUGACUAUUCAGAGGGAAGAGAAUCACCUUUUCCAAAUGAAAGAAGGUAUUCAGAAGACUUUCCCGAAGACAAACAUUUUCACACUGAUAGGACUAAAAGGAGAAAACCUUCAGAAGAAAUUAUUCCAAAGGACAAAUCUCUUGCAGAGAAACGACCAAUCACUGGCAGGAAAGAUUCAAGUCCCCAGAUACAGCCUUCUAGAAAAAAGUCUCCCAGCCCUACACCAGCUAGAAAGGACUCUAAGGACACGAUAAGGAAACCUACAGAUGCCACCACGAGGUUCGGGAUUGCUUUGCGGCAGACAAAAACUUUACCAGUCAGUUCUACACUGCACAGGCGACGUAGCGGGGAAUUCGAUAAGCCAAGGACCAUCGCGCGCACGCCAUGGGGAGAGGAAGUCGUAGUGGAGGAAAUAUUCGAGCUCGAGUUGUUAGAGUUGAUGCUGGAGAAGUCCGUGCAAUACGACGAGCGCAGCGCCCUCCGCGCGCAGAUCCGUGUCGUCAGGAAGAUGACGUCGUCGGAGAAGACAUCGUCCACCACCACCUUCACGACCACGCUGAUCGACUCCAAGGGCGAGGUGGUGAAGCGCAAGGUCACCGAGCACAGGAGGUCGUCGCCGGAGUCCCCCAGCGACGACGACACGUCUCCCAGGAAGCACGUUACUGGGAAGGACCGCCCCGACCACGCCGCGCCCAAAGGAACCAGGACGUCCCCCGUCACCACCAAGUCCUUCCCCGACGCGACCGGAGACCGCAGCAAGCCAGGAGAAACUGCUAGGCGUCCCUCAGGUGGAAGGAGGUCUCCAACUCACGCAGAGCCUUCUCCACAAAGAGAGGCUCCUAAGCAAAGACCAGAAACUUCACCUGAAGAUCGCUAUCCGUUCAAAACCCCAACGAAGCAUCGACCUGAUGCACCUCAGGAGAGGCAGUCCCCAUCUACAGAUUCACCACAGCACCGACGAGGCACUUCCCCGGAUAAUUUUUCAUCAUCCAGAAACACCCAUGGUCAUCGUCCACCAAAUGAAUCGACGGACAGGUACCAUCCGUCUAAAGGUGCUCCGAUGCAACGCCCGGACACAUCGCCUGAGAGGUACUCCCCAUCUCAGGACACUCCGAAGAAGCACUCGGUCCCUUCGCCGACGAGAGACUCGCCAGUACACCGUCGUCCGGAUGCAUCCUCUGAAAGGCACCAUCCAUCUAGCGCCCCUGUGGUGCAGCGCUCCGACGUUUCACCUGAUAGGCAUUCACCUUCUAGAGAGACACCGAAGAAGCACUCUGGAGCCUCGCCAGAGAGAUACCCCUCUACCAAGGUCACACCGAUGGACAAACGCUACCCAGUCAAAGGUGUCCGGACACCUCACAAGGAAGUCUCCCCGGAGAGGAGGUCUCCGACUAGGGACUCGUAUGUGCGACGACCAAGCUCUCCCAGAGGCAGGGAUGUGCCCACGCAGCGGCGCCCCACAGAGAUGUCGCCGACAGACAGAGGCUACCCAGCUAAAGGUGCCCCGAUGCCUCACAAGGACAUCUCUCCGGAGAGGAGGUCUCCGACGAGAGACUCGUACGUGCGACGACCAAGCUCUCCCAGAGGCAGGGAUGUGCCCACGCAGCGGCGCCCCACAGAGAUGUCGCCGACAGACAGAGGCAACCCAGCUAAAGGUGCACCUGCGCCUCACAAUGAGGCUUCCCCGGAGAGGAGGUCUCCGACUAGGGACUCGUACGUGCGACGACCCAGCUCUCCCAGAGGCAGGGAUGUGCCCACGCAGCGGCGCCCCACAGAGAUGUCGCCGACAGACAGAGGCUACCCAGCUAAAGGUGCACCUGCGCCUCACAAUGAGGCUUCCCCGGAGAGGAGGUCUCCGACUAGGGACUCGUACGUGCGACGACCCAGCUCUCCCAGAGGCAGGGAUGUGCCCACGCAGCGGCGCCCCACAGAGAUGUCGCCGACAGACAGAGGCUACCCAGCUAAAGGUGCACCUGCGCCUCACAAUGAGGCUUCCCCGGAGAGGAGGUCUCCGACUAGGGACUCGUACGUGCGACGACCCAGCUCUCCCAGAGGCAGGGAUGUGCCCACGCAGCGGCGCCCCACAGAGAUGUCGCCGACAGACAGAGGCUACCCAGCUAAAGGUGCACCUGCGCCUCACAAUGAGGCUUCCCCGGAGAGGAGGUCUCCGACUAGGGACUCGUACGUGCGACGACCCAGCUCUCCCAGAGGCAGGGAUGUGCCCACGCAGCGGCGCCCCACAGAGAUGUCGCCAACAGACAGAGGCUACCCAGCUAAAGGUGCACCGAAGCCUCACAAGGAGGCUUCCCCGGAGAGGAGGUCUCCGACUAGGGACUCGUACGUGCGACGACCAAGCUCUCCCAGAGGCAGGGAUGUGCCCACGCAGCGACGCCCCGAAGAGGUGUCGCCAUCCCGUAAGGACUCACCCACGCGUCUGUCUGACAUGUCGCCGGAGCCACGUUCCCCGUCCAGGAAGGAGCCCAAACAGCGUCCCGACUCCGAUAGCAGCCCCUAUGUGAGGAGGACCUCCGAGCUGACCAUCGAGCUCAAGCCGACGUCUUCGAGUCCAGUGAAGACCCCGGUGAAGAAGUCGUCGGUGGGCGAGCCGCCGCGCGAGGCGUUCCCCGCCGACUCCGUCACCUCCAGCUACGGCGUGGGCCCCACCGACGAGAACGGCCGCCCGCUGUUCGGCCUCAAGGCGCUGCGCAGGACCAACACCAACCCCGUCAGUCAGACACCGCAAGAUUGCAGGAGAGAGUCCCCGAGCGCGGCGCGGCCGGCGGAGGUGCGCGACUCCAGCGGGCGGCCCUUGUUCGGCGGGCUGCGGGCCCUGCAGGCGCCCCGGGAGCCGGAGCCGGAGUCAGAGCCGGAGCCGAGGGACGACAUGCCGGAGCAGCCGGCGUCCCCGCAGCUCAAGGAGCUGGUCAGCAAGCACGAGCAGAGAGCGCGUGGCAACGCUGUGUCAGAGCCGCACGCAGAGCGACAGAAGCCGCGGGCCAAGCUGCGCGACAGCUUCCUCACCAAGGAGACGGUAGACUCUGCGUCCAAGAGCUCCGUGUCCGUGGAGAGCCGCCGCGCCGUGUCCCAGAGGACGGCCUCCCUAAAGGCCAUCAUCCAAAAGCACGAGAGCAUCGCGAAGGUGGAUGAGUCUGAGACAGAGAAGCAGCAGAGGAUCACUGAAGACUUGAUCCGUGCCGAGAAAACACACGAUGACUCGCCCGGCGACGUGGGCUGGCGGUCAGGCAUCCUGAAGAAGCCGCACGCGGACGACGACGACGAAGACGACCGGCGCCACGUGGUCACCGAGAGCUCCAGGACCAGCACGGCCACCGUCGUCUCCUCGCGCGGCGCCGUGCACUCGGACGGCACCGUGUCUCUGUCGCGGGACAUCAUCUCUGGCGAAAGUGUGCAAAGGAACGACGAGAAGCCGGUGACGAAGGUGACCAAGACCCAGUACCGCUACCGCACCCCUGACGGCAAGAGCUCCGCCCCGGCGAUCGAAGACGUGACCCCCUCUUCUGUUACUAGGCCUAGUAACAGCACCAGCAGGUCAAGGGUCACGGAGGAAGAAAGCGAGCAACAGUCCACCCGGACGAGCAAGGUGACCAAGGACCGGAGCAAGGGCUCCCCCACGAGGACGUCGCCGGACCUGGUCGAAGACGAGCGAGUGACGUCGCACGAGCGCCGCACCAGCUCCACGGCCACGAGCCGGAGCAGCGCGGUCAGCCGCAGCUCGCCCGCCUCCGUCCGCCGUCGCAUAUUCGACGACGACCAGGAGGAGGAGGAAGUGAGGCGGUCGUCCUCAGCCAGCCACGAGCAGACCUUCUCGACGAGCUCUAGCUCCUACACCACGUCCAGGGUGACCUCGUCCAGCCGGGAGGUGACGGAGGAGAGGAGACUGUCCUCGGACAACCACUACGAGGAUGACUACAGCGACGGCUACCAGCGCCGCGCCUCCCGGACGUCUCCGGACCGGGCUUCCCCCGACCGCAAAGAUCAGCAGAUGUACAAGGCAGAGAGUCGCUACACGCAGCGCGUCACCAGCGAGGACGCGUCUCGGUCGUCGACCCCCGGCAGCACGGGCCGCCGGCGUUCCUCCGCCCUGGCCGACGAGAAGGACCGCGAGGGCUCCCCCACGCCGAGCGGCUCCGGGUUCCCACGCAUCACCCGCGGGGGCUCAGUCCGCGCCCUGCAGCAGAAGUUCCAGCAGGUGGCCUCUGAGAGCAGCGAUAACAGUCGCUCCCAGCGCAACUACCCCAAGGCUGGGCUCAUCUUCCGCACCUCGAGCUUCCGCAAUGGGGGCGGUCCCAGCCCCGCUUCCUCGCCCACCGCUGAGACAGGGUCGCCGACCUUGAAGCAGUCGGUGUCCAUGGAGGUGGGCAUGGGCUCGGCCCAGAGCAGCAGCCGCACCAGCCCCCGGGACGACGCCGCCGAGGGCAAGUCCUUCCUCGGCAACCAGUCCAAGGUGACGGGCGUCCAGGACGUGCUGGCCCGCAUGAGGAACGCCGACCAAGACGCGGGCGCCGACGAGUCGCCGGAGGACAGCGAGGCGCGCUCGCUGCUCAACAAGUUCCUGGGGGCGCAGGUCCUGCUGACGGAGACGGAGUCCGUCAUGAGGUCCUCGUCGUCCCUCUCCCGGAGCGCCGCCACGCUCGUCAGCCAGGUCGAGCGCCAGAGGAUACUGCAGACAAGCAGCUCCGCUAACGGAGAGGCAGAAGCAGAUCUAGAAGAGAUUUGGGACGAGAAGCUACUCCGACACCUGUUGGAGAAGUGUUCUGAUUACGAGGGUCGCCGCAAGAUACGAGCCCGUCUUCGUGUAGUCAUGGCUGAACAACAAGCUUGCGGGGAAGUGGUAGCAACCAUGCUGGCUGGGGAAAAUGCUGGCGACGAGGACAGGGGAACCUGCGACGUUCAGGAAGAGCGUGGCCAUUCAGAAUCUAAGGAGAAGUCGUCCACGAAAGAUGGUGACACUGUCACAACCACGGAAGUGACAACCACAACUUCCACAUACUCGGCAGUUGGCAAAACAAGGGUUUCCAAAGAAGUUCAAGAUCUGGUCGACUCGUACCUCUGUAAGCGAACUGGUCGUGCAUUUUCUCGUCGUGGUAGCAACAUGCUGCAAAGCAGUGCUAGACGUGCUCACUAUGUUGCUUUGAUAGAGUAGGCUGGCAUUCGCUAAUGCUGCUGUAGUACUGCUCAGUAGCAACUAUUAGUAUUAGGUACAGCGUAGGUACUUGUUUUUCUCAGUGCAUGGUUCAGUUGCAAUUUUUACCAAGUUGCUUGUUUGUAAGGGCUUUCUUUUAGUUAAAUGAUUGUAGUUGAUAAGGUGCUAUCAUUGAAUACAAUAAUAUUCACGUUUACUCUCAACUGUUUAAUAAAUCAUAUUUCACCUACUGGGUUAUCACUGACAAAAUAGUUUAAUUAGAAUGGACAUAUCUUACUCGUAAGUUAACUGUAGCCCUAUUGUAAAUAGUUAUAAGUUUUACAUACCUACUAUAUACUUUUUACUCCACUAUUUUAUUUUAAAAAACUAGAGUAAUAUAACACAGUAGAAAAACAAAUUGAGUGACAUAGUAUUAUCUGAUGUAUGAAAUAUCUAAAAUAUAAUUACUCAUCAGAAUUCCAGAAUGUUAAAAAAAAAAUUUCAAACAGAUGAAAUAGCUACAUAUUUUUGAUGAGAAAAUGCAGAUAAACUAUUUUCAGGAAACACAUAUGUACGUAGUUAUAUACUUAGAGCCUCAUUGAACUGAACACCACAGUGGAGUUGAAGUUGUUAGUUACUGACUUGAAUUAACUUAAAAAUGUGAUGUAAUGAUAGCAUCUUGAUACUUUGUAUAGCUAAAUAUAUAUUUAAUCAUGUAUUUUUGACAACAAUUCUUGAUCAUUUUUGGAUGCAUGCAACAUGUAAUUUAUUUGUUUGCUGAGACAUGAUUUUCUAGGACUAAAUGUUUUUUGACUUUUGUUAAAACUCUCUGUUAUGUGUUUCCACAGCUUUGUUUCUGUCUGGUGAUAGGAAGUUGCCAGUAAAAUUACUUUGUAGUGAGUGCAUUCUCAUUACCUAGUUGUGUCAUGUGUGUAGAGGCUAAACAGUGAAGUACAUUAUAAUAUAAAGUAACAUUCAAUGUACUUUAUCUAAAUUUGUUUUGUUAUAAAAAAAUUACAACAUUGAAACAUUUGAACUUAGUAAAAUUUUCAGCCAGACAGUAGAAAUUUAAUAUUUCAGGUUAAUGUAUAAGUAGUAUUUUUUCUUGAAACCUGAAGCUAAUAUCUGUUGGCCUGAUUCAAGCAGUAUCAAGAAAACAACUGUAAACAACAAAUGAGAUACUUCAAAAGAGGCAGAACACUUGCACAUGAAUAAAAUAAAGCUGUGGAAACAAUUUUGCACGUAGAGUAGCGUUUGAUGAGUUUC